CUGUAACAGGCCAGAGGAUGUGCAUCUGCCACCUGCCCUGCAGGAACCUGAAGACCGGCCCCGGUGGAGACCAGGCCUCGGGGAGACACGUGGCCCACUACCACUGCGUGGUGUGUUCUGUCACCAUCGCCCGUAAGACGGACAUGGUCAGCCACCUGAAGAGACACGUCAACAAAGGAGAGACGGAGGCCAGCUACUCCGGGAGCACAGACGUGCCGUUCGACGAGCCGGCUCCGUCCGGCCAGGCGUAUGAAAUCAUGAAGGAACUGGGAACCAACGUUCAGCUCCUCCCGAACCACACCACGCCGCAGAAGAGCGACACCUACUUCAACCGCAAGAUGAAGCCCAACAGGCAGCUGGUGUUUUGUUCGCUGGCGGUUCUGGCCGAGGAGAGAAACCCAAUUGAGUGUCUCGAUGCUUUCGGAGCCACAGGGAUCAUGGGCCUCCAGUGGGCGAAGCACCUUCGUACGGCCGUCAAAGUGACCAUAACCGACAUCAGCGACACGUGCGUGAAAAUGAUCAAAGAGAACUGCGAGCUCAACAACAUCCGGGUGGACGGGGGCUCGCGGGGCCCCCGGGGGCCCGACGGGGCGACCAGCAAAGUGGAGGGGUCCCCCGUUGCCACGGUGGAGGUCGUCAAGAUGGACGCCAACGUCACCAUGCACCUGUGGCCCUUCGACUACAUCCACUUGGACCCGUUCGGCACGGCGGUGAACUACCUGGACGCUGCGUUCAGGAACGUGCGUAACCUGGGCAUCGUCUCCGUGACGUCCACCGACACCAGCUCUCUGUACGCCAAGUCUCCCAACGUCACGCUGCGCCACUACGGCUGCCACAUCGUCCGCACCGAGUACUACAGAGAGCUGGCCGCUCGCAUGGUGGUCGCCACCGUGGCCCGGGCAGCGGCUCGCUGUAACAAAGGCAUCGAGGUCCUGCUGGCGGUGGCGUUGGAGCAUUUCGUCCUGGUGGUGGUGCGGGUUCUCCGAGGUCCAACGCAGGCGGACGAGUCGGCCAAGAAGCUACGGAAGCUGCUCCACUGCCAGUGGUGCGAGGAGAGAGUCUUCCUCAGACCGGGAAACAUGGUGGACGACACGCUGCCUUGUAGCUGUCAUGGAAGUCUGCCGGGAAGGACGGCGGUGCAGCUGGGCCCGUUAUGGUGUGGUCCCCUGUUUAACACGGCAUCGUCGAUGCAAUGA